CCAAGCUCCAAGCUGUCGGUGAUUGUGGUCAGGAAGAGGUGCAUGCCACGGUUCUUCAUGGAACAGAACCGCACCUUACAGAACCCACCACUUGGCACCGUGGUGGAUUCAGAAGCCACGCGUCCUGAAUGGUAUGACUUUUACUUGGUCAGCCAAGCCGCCUGUCGGGGAACUGUUAAUCCCACCCACUAUAAUGUCAUCUACGAUGACAACGGCUUGAAGCCCGACCACAUGCAGAGACUUACAUUCAAACUGUGCCACCUGUACUACAACUGGCCGGGCUUAGUCAGUAUCCCAGCACCGUGCCAGUACGCGCACAAGCUGACCUUCCUCGUGGCACAGAGCAUCCACAAAGAACCAAGUCUGCAACUGGCCAAUUCUCUCUUCUACCUGUGACGACAUGAACCGUCGGCAUUGCCGGAUGAAGAAUCCCAGGAGAAGUCAGUAUACUCUUUACAAAUCUGCCAUGACCUCGAGGCUGUGACCGGGGAGAGGAGAUUGAGCCAGCUUUAACUUCUGGGGAAAACAAAAACAAUUUAAUCUGAAAUGGUUCAAAAGGAAUGCAUGCUGUUUUAUCUGAAAACUAUAUGCUUGGGUUAG